AUGGUUUUAGAGCCUAUUAGCCUUCAAGGUAACUUCACUUUAGUCACCACUCCCGGGGCAGGUGAAUCUGCUCGGUCAAAGCAUUCAGAAUCAUCUAAUAACAUUGAUGCUGAUGGUGAUGAGGAUUGGUCAUGGAUUUCUCAGUUGCUUUCAAGGUACUCGGAUCAUAUUCUAGAUCAUUUGAAAGAAGGAUCAUACUCUGCAUAUGCUCUUGUUUUAUUGAACUCGAUCUGA